AAUGGAAAAAACAAAGUGGCAUGAUCGGCUUUUCGGGAAAAAGUUGAUAAAAUGUGAUUCUGUCAACAACUCGAACAACUAUGAAUUGAUUUCAACUGGUGAAGUUCUUGCAAAAGCAAGCAUAACCGGAGUUUACUUUUCUUUUGCCAAUAUAAAUCUGCAGAGCGAUGAGUUUAUAGAAAAGCUGAGGGAUUUAUACGGUAGAUUGAAAGGUGAAAGUUGCUGUGAUGAAAAGAAAUUCGAAGUGAUUCAGGUUGUAAUGUGGGCCCACAACGACAACUAUGGUGAUAUUGAAAGUAGCCACAGGGAAAGUUUAAUGGGGUUGCCAUGGUUUGCAGUACCGUUUAGUGAAAUAGAUUUGAAGACAAGACUUUCAAGAAGGUACAGAAUAAAAUCAGGAGUACCAACAUUAGUACUGUUAGGACGAGAAGGUAUUACAAUAAGUGUAUCAGCCCAAGAGAGGCUGUUGGAAGAUCCCUGUGGAACAAAUUUUCCUUGGAGACCACGACCUGUUGAUCAAGUAUUGAAAGAUGUGGUACUCCAACCUGGUGGCACGUACCCUUCAGAACACAAAAAUUUUACCAAAGAGGAUAUCAGAUAUGGUGAUCUACCAGAUAGUAUCAAAGGUUUCUAUUUUUCUGCUAACUGGUGUCCCCCUUGCCGAGCAUUCACUCCACAGUUGGCGGAAGUAUAUAGGCUCAUUAGAAAAAAGGAACCAAAUUUUGAAAUCAUUUUUGUUAGCAGUGAUAG